UAAAUAGUUUGACAUUUGUGUGACAGUGACGGAUAUUUCAUUCAUUUCAUUGAUUGGCGAUUGAAUUGGAUUCGCUUCGUUUAGUUUGCUCAUUGUUGUGUUAUUAUCACUAAACUUGGUGUUCGUCAAAGUAUAAUGAAAUUAUUAUUAAGAAUAUUGUUGUAAAUAUUGUAACUAUAAGAAAUGAUCCAAUAAGAAGAAAAAGGAGAAACGAUUUAUAAUUUAAGUUAUGGCGUACGAUACUUUGUCCUUACCUUUAUAAAUGAUAGGUCUCGGAUAAUUAAACAUUUAAAGUUUGAAAUAUAUUGCAAAUACGAUUUAAGUGUCAAAAUGGAAGAACAACAAAAAAAAAUAUAUUAUUGUUCGUAUCCAGGCUGCGCAUCGUACUUUGAUAGACCUUAUAGAUUAGCACAGCAUUUCCUGGCUCACAACAAUAUAAGACCUUUUCCUUGCAAGCAGCCUAACUGCAACAAAGCAUACACAAGCAAGAGUCACCUGGAUCGUCACAUAAAUUCUGUGCACGGGCCUCAAGAAAAAGAUGUAGUUUACAACUGUUCAGAAUGCUCGAAAACUUUUGCAAAUCGCCAGAAUCUCAAAAGGCAUCUCAAUACAGUUCACGCUAUACAAUUUACUUGUGAUGAGUGUAAAAUGACUUUUAAAAAGAAAAAUCAACUUACAGCCCAUAUGUAUCAACAUACUGGUAUAAAAGCCUUCAAGUGUGAUUUAUGCCCAGAUACAUUUGUUAGUCUUUACCUAAAGAAAAGACACAUGAGAUAUCACAAAACCUAUAAAUGUGAAGAUUGUGAUUUAGUUUUUAAUCAUUGGUCAAAAUAUCAGAAACACAAAAAGUCCGAACAUGUUCAGAAUUACUCGUCGACUCCUCAACAACUUAAAUCAUUAAAGUCAUUAUUCGAGAGCAAUGUCACUGUUAUACAUCCGAAAUUUAAUUUAUUUCUCCCCGGUGGGGCUGAGCGUCGUAUGUUCCCGUCACCUUCGGCCGGAGAGGACGCCGAAGUGUUUGUUUGUAACGAAUGUAAGAGAACAUUCAAAGAAAGAGUUCACAUGGUAAGACAUCUUAAAACCCAUGGACAGAAAACAAUUACUAAAACAUUCCCCUGUCCUUAUGAAGAUUGCCCAAGGUUUUACUCUAGAAAGAGCAAUCUGAAGCAGCAUAUUUUGGUGAACCACAUGAAAAUGUAUCACAAAUGCACAAUUUGUCAGGCAGAACUAUCCACUAAGGCUAAGUUAAAUUAUCAUAUGCAGUUACAUAACAAAGUGAAUUCACCAGUAGUGCCAGAUAGCAACAAGGAGCGGAAGCCUCGGAAAGACGAAGGAACUUUCAAAGUAUCUACAGCUCUCAAAUUGUCUGGAUUGCCUGCUCCACCUGAAAAUACUCAUGUUACUUCAGACACACUCGUGAAUAUGUCCGAACAACCUGAACACAUUGAAGUUGAGGUUGAUGUUCAUGUCUGAACAGUAUCUAAUAAUUAAUUAAGGCUAUAAUAGUUUAUAUAAGGAUAACUUGGGAAGAUAAAAAGGCUUUGCACUACUGUGCAAUCUUAUCAUAAGAUAUCUUCUUAAAUUUACUCUUUGACCACAUGUUUUUGAGGCAGGAGUACCAUAUUAUAUUUACUAUGGUACAGUUGCACAUAGUUUAUAAUUAUCCUGCUUUGAUUAUGACUUCUAGAAUUCUAGAUUGACAGAUAGUGUAGGUAUCCUAAUUAUAUUAUCUUCGGAAGAAACUAUAAGACUUAGAGAACUAAGUAAUUGUGCUGACACUUUCUUGUAUUUCAUUACUUCUUUGAUUUUUUUUAUUUUUUUGUUAUACUAUAUACCGCACGGAAGUGCAGCAAGAAACAGCAACUUUUAAAGAUUUUUGUAUUGGCAUUAUUAGACAUGGUAAUAUUUUAUACAUAUCUGCUAAGAAAAUGAUUUGAACCAUAACAAAGUCAAAACAUUUAUUUCUUUCUGAAUGUGUGUACAAAAAUUAUUAGUAGGACAUUUAUCACAUAAAAGUAAAAAGUUGAAGUACAUUAUUGUUAUUUAGAAAACUAUAUGAAAAUAUUUCCUAUUAGCAUUAAGAACAUAAAUUUUAUUGAAUAUGUAGGUAAUUAAAUGUCGUAAUCUUAACAUUAUAUCUAGACAUAUAAUAAAUGUUACUUUAAUGGUAGUUGCUAGAAAUUUGAGCGAAAAUUACUCUUAAUAUUAUUUGUGAUUCGUUUUAUGUAAUAAAUUUAAUACACAGUAGUUUAGAAGAAACAAUGUUCUUUUUAAUUUUUUUUUUUUUUUUGAGAACAUCAUAAAUUAAUGUUUUUUUUUUUGUCAGGGAAAAAUCAUCAAAUAGGUGGACAAGGCGAGACCGUCAGACUCUUACCGACCGACUAACCCCCACUUUUCCUACUUCGGGCGAAGGCCGCGGUGCCUUAUUGCAAUUGCCGCAACUUAAGCUGAACUUCAGCCGUAGCCGUAUAUGUCCCAUCUGUGGUGAUUUAUUGGGUCUUUGAGGCGCGCGCGGAACGUUACGCGUCGUAUGCUCGAGUCUGGUGUGGUCGGGUGGCUAGCUACCCUUACCUACUAGCCGUCCGCAAAGCCGCGCUUUCGGUGGCCGGAGAUCGUCUUCUAGAGUGCUGGAUGGGCAUUUGUUACAAUAACAUUUUAUUUUCAUAAAAUUAAAGUUUUGAAAUAGCUAAAAAAUCACUACAGAUAAUUAGUGAUUUUUUUGCUAUUUAUUUUUGUGAACUUCGUGAAAGUAGUACUAAACAUAGUGCUUAUAUUGUCUUUGGUAGUACAAAGACGUAGCUACUGCUCGCUGUAUAUAUUGUACCUACCCAAUUAUAGAUACCGGGCCUAUUUAAACUUCAGGGACGAAAAUAGAAAAAAAAAAACUUUCGCGGUAUAAGUGCGUUCAGAAUCGAUUGUCGCGAUCGCGGUACCGGGAUAUCCCCUUUUGUGUCAUUUACCUACCUACUUCAACAGCCUCAACAGGGACUUAUUAUUAUUAUACAAUGGGUAGCCGAUAUUAUGAUGAUUUAGAUUUUAUUAGUCUAAGUGCCAUUUCAUUCUUGCUAUUUUUCGCAUCUUUUCUUUUGUGACAAAUGUUUACUCAUCCUCAAGGUGCGAAAAGUUAUAAAGGCAGCAAACAUUACAUUUUUU